AUGGCAUCCAAAAUGAAGGAACGAAGGAGAACGCCCAUUUCUCACAAAGUGAUCGAAAAACGGAGACGAGAUCGCAUCAACCGCUGCCUCACCGAGCUGGGCAAAACCGUCCCCAUGGCCCUGGCCAAACAGAACUCCGGGAAACUGGAGAAGGCUGAAAUACUGGAAAUGACGGUCCAGUAUUUGAGGGCUCUCCACGCUGCAGAUUUCCCGAGAGGAAGAGAGAAGGGCGAGUUGCUGAGCGAGUUCGCCAACUACUUCCACUACGGCUACCACGAGUGCAUGAAGAACCUGGUCCACUACCUGACCACCGAGGACCGAGCCGAGACCAAAGACAUCAAAUACGCCCGCAUCCUGGCUUUCCUGCAGUCCAAAUCCCGCUCGGUCGCCGAGCCCGCGUUCGCCUCCGCCGCCGCCGGGCACGGCCCCGAGCCUUCGGACUACCCGGGCCACCGGCCGCGCUCGUCCCCGGAUCGCCACGGCCCCGGCGAGCCCGCCGCCUACCAGCGGCAGACCCCUCCGGGACACCUGGCCUGGCACGGUUCGGCCCGCGGGCCCGCCGUUUCGUACCAGCCCGCCGUUGCAUUGAGCGGGCACACGCAGCAGCACGGUGGCUACUUGUCACCGGUGCAGGGACUCGAACAUCAUCACUACUUCAAUUUGAUAGGCCACGCGCACCACAACACGUUCGCCUUGCACAGCGCGCAACACGCCGUGUAA